GGAGGAUAUUUUUCCGAACGAAAUAUGGUUUGAAAUAUUCAGCAGGAUAGACAUUCCACAGUUGAUGGAACUACGGUUAGUGUGCUGUCACUUCAAUGAACUGAUAGAAAGUAUCUUAAACAAACACCCGGCAUGGAAACCUAUGACCGAUAACAAAAUUUUGUACGAGUGCCUGGAGCAUACGAUGCAACGUGCUUAUCCCUAUGUCCUAAUUUCCCAUUGGAUGGAUAUUGAUGAUCCGGUUAUCUGGCGAGGAACCUAUUUGUCUUUCAUGAAAUGGCAGAAGGUUCUGGUAAACGAGCCGACGAUAGACGCCAUUGUUUCAACGUCAAACUUUGGGGAUGUUUCGUGUGUCUGUACCUUUGAUAAGUACAUAGCAAUUGCUUACGAAAACGGAGCGAUAGCAAAUUACACUGUUGAUGACAUAAAUCAGCCAUUUUACUUAGCAUACCACGGCACCGGGAUAACUCAGAUCGAAUUUUGGUAUUCCAAUGGCGAUGUACUGGUUGUAUCCCUAGGCGACAACAACGAUUUGAACUCUGGAGAAUGCCGGCAUUUCUGCAUAGGCGAUAUGGAAGGAACUCUAACCUCGUAUGAGAGAGUCGGUAACUUUAUAUCACCUGGCUCGACGAAAAAUUUGCCAUUGAGGGAGACCCAACAACUAAUUGCGCAUUGUUAUGUCGGAAAAAAUAUGAAAGCAAUGGCAUAUGAAGAGAGCGGCACUGUAUUAUUCGUAUAUUGGGCAGACAUAGAAGGCGAAAAAUUGACUAGAUUUAGAUUUAUCCAGGAAAAAGAUUGGUGUCGUUUGCCGGAAAAUAUAAACGCUUCUUUCCAACGAUUGAUUAUGCCGAACAUCACAUUCUUCUUUGCAAUCGGAGCAAGCAGUAUUGGAUCGACCAAUUACUAUGAAAAUGAGUGGCACGAGUACAACUUGGCACCACACUUCGGAUCCAACGUCAGGUCGAUAGCGCUGCAUGCUCAAAUUCUUAUUUUCGGUCUGGACGAUGGUUCCAUUCAUUUACUCUACAUUCGUAACUACGCCGAUGUGAUGGACCUGGAAGCGAAGAUCCAAAAUUCCAGGAAGAUUGAAGUUGAUACAGAGCCAAUUGUUGACUUGACUAUUUUGGAAGUUGACAAGAAACCUUGCAUUGUUGCAGUCACUGAACAAAAAGUUCAUUUGUUGAUGGAACUACGGUUGGUGUGCCGUCACUUCAAUGAACUGAUAGAAAGUAUCUUAAACAAACAUCCGGCAUGGAAACCUAUGACCCAUAACAAAAUUUUGUACGAUUGCUUGGAGCUUACGAUGCAGCGGGCUUAUCCCUAUGACCUGAUUACCCAUUGGAUGGAUAUUGAUGAUCCGGUUAUCUGGCGAGGAACCUAUUUGUCUUUCAUGAAAUGGCAGAAGGUUCUGGUAAACGAUCCGACGAAGGACACCAUUGUUUCAACGUCAAAUUUCGGGGAUGUUUCGUGUGUCUGUACCUUUGAUAAGUACAUAGCAAUUGCUUACGAAAACGGAGUGAUAGCAAAUUACACUGUUGAUGACAUAAGUCAGCCAUUUUACUUAGCACACCACGGCGCCGGCAUAACUCAGAUCGAAUUUUGGUAUUCCAAUGGUGAUGUACUGGUUGUACCCCUAGGCGACAACAACGAGUUGAAGUUUUGGGACCUUAAGAACAAAGUUGAGAUCGCUACUAAUGGUUUCUUCGCUCACAACAUCAGCUCUGGAGAAUGCCGGCAUUUCUGCAUAUGCGAUUUGGGAGGAAUUCUAACCUCGUAUGAGAGAGUUGGUAAUCUUAUUUCACCUGGCCUGACGAAAAAUUUGCAAAUCAGGGAGAACCAAGAACUGAUGGCGCAUUGUCUUGUCGGAAAAAAUAUGAAAGCAGUGGCAUAUGAAGUGGGCGGUACUGUGCUGUUCGUGUAUAAAGGGGACAUAGAAGGCGGAAAAUUGACUAAUUUUAGAUUUAUCCAGAAGAAAGAUUGGAUUCGUUUGCCGGACAAUUUAGAUUCUUCUUUGCAAAGACUGACUAUGACGAACAUCACAUUUUUCUUUGGAAUCGGGCUAUACCGUAUUGGAUCGACUAAUUACUAUGAUGACGAUUGGCACGAGUACGACUUGGCUCCGUACUUCGGAUCCAACGUCAGGUCGAUAGCGCUGCAUGCUCAAAUUCUGAUGUUUGGUCUGGAGGAUGGUUCCGUUCAUUUACUUUACAUUCAAGACUACGAUCAUGUGAUGGAGCUUGAAGAGAGGAUCCAAAAUUCCAGAAAGAUUGAGGUUGAUACAGAGCCAAUUAUUGAGUUGACUAUUCUGGAAGUUGACAAGAAACCUUGCAUUGUUGCAGUCACUGAACAAAGACAUUUACCCGCUGCUUCGCUCGCGUUGAAGUCCUUCGAUAAAUAUCAAAGAUCAUUACAUUCCAAUAAAACUGAAUCAAUUUCUACUUUUUUUACUGAUAACUUGCUAACCUUUAUUGAUUUCCAAAGGAGGAGACUUAGCAAAUCGCUGUGGAAGAAGAUCUUCGAGAAGCUGGACUUUCGAACGUUCGUAGGGCUGAGAAUGGUGAACCGAGAGUUUUGCAAAGGAGUGAAGAAACAUCUGUACGAAUUAGAAGUCUGGCGAUUGAUGUGCUACGAACAAACAUUGUUCGACUGUAGAACAAUGACGAUGGCUCGUAGGUUUCCAUAUGAGCUUAUAACGCAUCAGAGUGAAGUUAAUGACCAAGAUCUAUGGCGAGGAACUUAUUCGUCGUUCAAAAAGUGGGCCAAAGUCAUCGAAAGUCCUCAAAAUACUCAAUUGAUGCUGUCAGUGUCUCAUCUGAGGACAAAUAUUACUUGUGUUGCGACUUUUGACAAAUACUUGCUAAUAUCUUUCGAGAAUGGCGACAUGAACUACUAUGAUUAUUCAGCAAUUAAUAAGAAUGUCCCGGUUUUCACUAAGAGCAAGACAUUCUGCAAAGCUGAUAAUCGUCGCGAAAGACAUAAGAAAUCGUCUAUCCUUUUGGGAUCUCAAGCGAAAGCAAAGACUUUUUGCCGUACCGGCGAGGGCCGACAUUUUUGCAUCGGCGAGUACGACGGUGUUUUAACAUCAUACGAGCUAAAUAGCCAAGAUGAAAUAGUUCCCGGUGCUGUCUACGAAUUAAAUUUGAGACAGAACGAAUUCGUCGCGAAUCUCUGCAUUGAUGGAAAAUAUAUAACAGCAAUGUCAAUGAUGGCGAAGGCUAAAAGAAUUGGAACAAUAUUGUACUUCCUUGCAGCAAUUAUCGAGGACAACAGGGUAUUGUAUUUUGAACAAGAACAGGAAAAAGAUUGGAUUAUGCUCCCUGAAGAUCUGUACGAAAUGCGGCGACUUGUUAUGCCAACAAUAACCUUCUUUCUCGGAUUAGCAGAAUCCAAGAUUGGGUCGACUAAUUUUUACGAAAAUGAGUGGCAUGAGUAUGAUAUUGAAAGCAUAUUGGGGUCCCAAAUCACUGCAGUAGCUUUACAUGCACAAAUUCUCAUAAUUGGCUUGCACAAUGGUGACAUUCAUUUUCUUCACAUUGAAAAUUAUAUGGACAUUGUUAACAUAGAAAAGAGAAUUACUAGCAGUGCAGCAACAAAUAUAUCCAGCAAGCCGAUAAUUGAUUUAAUCAUUAUGGAAUAUCAGCAAAAUCCAUCGAUUGUUGCCGUAACUAAAGAUGAAGUUAUCUUGAUUAACUUUAAGUUU